CUCCUGCAUAUGAAGAGCAACAAGUAUUUGACGGUGAAUAAGCGUCUCCCAGCAUUGCUGGAGAAGAACGCAAUGCGUGUCACUCUUGAUGGGACGGGGAAUGAGGGAUCUUGGCUUUUCAUCCAACCUUUCUGGAAGCUCAGAGCCAAUGGAGACAAUGUGGUAGUUGGAGAUAAGGUGAUCAUGAAUCCUGUGAAUGCUGGACAGCCUCUUCAUGCCAGUAAUUACGAGCUUCCCGAUCACCCAGGGUGCAAAGAGAUCAAUUCAGUCAACAGCAACACCAGCUGGAAGAUCAGUCUCUUUAUGAUGUUCAGUGACCAUAAAGAUGAAGUCCUUAAGGGAGGAGAUGUGGUGAGGCUUUUCCAUGCAGAACAGGAGAAGUUUCUGACCUGUGAUGAGUACAAGUCUAAGCUGCAUGUGUUCCUGCGCACAACUCUGCGUCAGUCCGCUACUUCAGCCACCAGCUCUAAUGCAUUAUGGGAGGUUGAGGUGGUUCACCAUGAUCCGUGCCGUGGAGGAGCAGGACAUUGGAACAGCCUGUACCGAUUCAAACACUUGGCCACAGGAAACUAUCUUGCUGCUGAAGAGAACCCAGGUUAUAAAGAAAACAGCAAUGAUAUAGAGGUGGAUAGUAGCCGAAUCAAGAGAAGCCUAGGAGAGAGGAUAAAAUACAAGCUAGUUGCAGUGCCUCAUGGGAAUGACAUCGCCUCUUUGUUUGAGCUGGACCCCACCACACUGCAGAAAACUGAUUCAUUUGUGCCACGAAAUUCUUAUGUCCGAUUCCGUCACCUGUGCACAAACACUUGGAUCCAAAGCACCAACAUUCCCAUCGACAUUGAUGAGGAGAGGCCUAUUCGAUUAAUGCUGGGCACCUGCCCCACCAAAGAGGACAAGGAAGCCUUUGCCAUUGUCUCUGUGCCGGUCAUGGAGAUUAGAGAUCUAGACUUUGCAAAUGAUGCCAGCCUCAUGUUGAGCACCGUAGUCGACAAGUUCAACUCCGGUUUCCUCAGUCCUAAUGACAGAAGGUAUGCCAUUAAACUGCUGGAGGAUGUGGUUUUCUUUGUCGUCGAUCAGUUUAACAAUGGCCAGCCAGCCCUGGAGGUGACGAUGAACAAGCCCAACCGAGAGAGACAGAAACUCAUGAGAGAGCAGAACAUUCUCAAACAGAUAUUUGGGAUCAUUAAAGCCCCAUUUAAACAGAGGGGCACUGAUCCGCCUCUGCUAACGUUGGAUGAGCUGUCUGACCAGAAAUACGCCCCCUAUCAAUACAUGCUCAGACUGUGCUACAGGGUGCUGCGUCAUUCACAAGAAGACUACCGUAAGAAUCAGGAACACAUAGCCAAGCAGUUUGGAAUGAUGCAGUCUCAGAUCGGCUAUGAUAUUCUGGCUGAGGACACCAUCACAGCCCUGCUACACAACAACCGCAAACUGCUGGAGAAACACAUCACUAAAACCGAGGUGGAGACUUUCGUCAGUCUGGUUCGUAAGAACAGGGAGCCCAGGUUUCUGGACUAUCUAUCGGACUUGUGUGUGUCCAAUAAUGUUGCGAUCCCAGUAACUCAGGAGCUGAUCUGUAAAUGUGUGCUGGAUGCCAAAAACCAGGAUAUUCUCAUGAAAACUCAGUUUCUGGACUAUCUAUCGGACUUGUGUGUGUCCAAUAAUGUUGCGAUCCCAGUAACUCAGGAGCUGAUCUGUAAAUGUGUGCUGGAUGCCAAAAACCAGGAUAUUCUCAUGAAAACUCAGCGGCGAGCCGCUAAAGACACACAGCACACCUCUGAGUAUUUGGAAGAGUUUGGAGAGGAGGAUGAAGUUUGGCUGAUCUGGUCUGAGAAGGAGAGUGAGACCCAUGAGAAGAGCAUUCGACAGCUUGCCCAAGAGGUACCAGCUCAAACUGUUUGCACGAAUGUGUUUUGCAUGGACACCAAACUGAAGAUCCUGGAGAUAUUACAGUUCAUCCUCAGUGUACGUCUGGACUAUCGGCUUUCCUUCUUGCUCUCCGUCUUCAAGAAGGAGUUUGUGGAAGUCUAUCCUAUGGGUGAUGCAGAUGCAACGCAUCAUACAGAGCAUGAGGAGCCUCGUUCUGCUUCCAUCAACCUCCAGUACAUUGGAGAGCAGGCAGAGGCCAUGUUUGGAAUUGGUAAAGGAAACAGCAUUCUGGAAGUGGACGAUGAAGGGGGACGAAUGUUUUUGCGUGUUCUGAUCCACCUCAUCAUGCACGACUACCCUCCGCUGGUUUCCGGGGCCUUGCAGUUGCUCUUCAAGCACUUCAGUCAAAGACAAGAAGUCCUCCACACCUUUAAACAGGUCCAGCUUCUCAUUUCAGCUCAGGAUGUGGACAACUACAAACACAUAAAACAAGAUCUGGAUCUUCUGCGCACCAUGGUGGAGAAGUCUGAGCUUUGGGUCAUAAAAAAAAGUAGCUCUGGGGGAGAUGGGAAGAAAGACAAGAAAGACAAGAAAGACAAAAAAGAACUUGCACCAGCAUCUCCAGAGGAGGAGACCGAUACAAAGAAACAGAAGGUUGAAACGAGCAAUGAAAGCUACCAGAAUGUCAAAGAGAUUUUAGAGCGUUUGAAUAAAAUGUGCAGUUCAGGUGUAUUUAAGAAACAACAAAGGCUAUUGAAGAACAUGGGUGCCCACAAAGUUAUGCUUGACCUGCUGCAGAUCUCCUAUGAUCGGAAUGACACCAAAAUGCUUGAGAUCAUCAAGUACACGCACCUGUUCUUACAGAAGUUCUGCACAGGGAAUCUGGAGAACCAAAACCUCCUCCAUAAACACCUCAACCUCUUUCUCACACCUGGGCUCCUAGAGGCAGAAACAAUGCAGCACAUUUUUUGUAAUAAUUACCAGCUCUGUUCUGAGAUCAGCGAGUCUGUGCUGCAUCAUUUCAUCCAUUGCCUGGCCACACAUGGCCGCCACAUUCAGUACCUCAACUUUCUGCACACCAUCAUUAAGGCAGAGGGGAAAUAUGUGAAGAAAUGUCAAGACAUGAUCAUGACUGAGCUCACAAGUGCGGGUGAUGACGUGGUCGUCUUCUACAAUGAUGACACAUCAUUUGACACCAUGGUGGAACUGAUGACACAGUCUAGGGAAGGGGUGAAGGACGACAGCCCUCUGCGGUACCAUAUUUCUCUGGUAGAGCUGCUGGCUGCAUGUGCAGAGGGCAAAAACGUCUACACUGAGAUCAAGUGCACAUCUCUGCUGCCCCUGGAGGACAUGGUGAAAGUAAUCACACAUGAAGACUGUAUCACAGAGGUGAAAAUUGCAUAUGUAAACUUUGUGAACCACUGCUAUGUAGACACAGAAGUGGAGAUGAAAGAGAUAUACACCAGCAACCACAUCUGGAAGCUGUUUGACAACUUCACUGUAGAUAUGGCUAGGGUGUGCUCCAACCGUGAGAAACGCAUGUCAGACCCUGUGCUGGAGAAGUAUGUGAUUCAAGUGGUUUUAGACACUGUAAAUGCCUUCUUCAGCUCUCCCUUCUCAGAGAACAGCACCAGCACAGAGGCUCAUCACACCAUUGUUAAGCAGCUGCUGCAAUCUACUAUGCGUCUGUUAGAUUGUCCCUGGCUACAGCCACAACAAAAAGUCCAAGUAGAAUCCUGCAUCCGAACUCUGGCGGUGACAACAAAGAGUCGCUCCAUCCCUCUGCCGGUAGAGUUGGAGGCUCAUGUCAAUAUGAUGUUGAGUCUCAGUAAUGCCCUCACACUGUCUCGCUCCAGCCUCAGCAACAAAAGCCUGUCACGCCUCACACGGCCUGCUGCUCCCACCAACUCCUGGGACUACAAGAACAUCAUUGAGAAACUACAGGAUAUCAUUAACACACUGGAGGAGCGUGUGAUGCCGUUGGUUAAUGCAGAGCUGUCAGUGCUGGUGGAUGUGCUGCACCAGCCCGAGCUGUUGUUCUGCUCCAACCGUGAGAAGCGCAUGUCAGACCCUGUGCUGGAGAAGUAUGUGAUUCAAGUGGUUUUAGACACUAUAAAUGCCUUCUUCAGCUCUCCCUUCUCAGAGAACAGCACAAGCACAGAGGCUCAUCACACCAUUGUAAAGCAGCUGCUACAGUCUACUAUGCGUCUGUUAGAUUGUCCCUGGCUACAGCCACAACAAAAAGUCCAAGUAGAGUCCUGCAUCAGAACUCUGGCAGUGACAACAAAGAGUCGCUCCAUCCCUCUGCCGUUAGAGUUGGAGAAUCACGUUAAUAUAAUGUUAAGUAACAUUAACGCCCUCACACUGUCCCGCUCCAGUCACAGCAACAAAAGCCUGUCACGCCUCACACGGCCUGCUGCUCCCACCAACUCCUGGGACUACAAGAACAUCAUUGAGAAACUACAGGAUAUCAUUAACACACUGGAGGAGCGUGUGAUGCCGUUGGUUAAUGCAGAGCUGUCAGUGCUGGUGGAUGUGCUGCACCAGCCCGAGCUGUUGUUCUUGGAAGGCACGGAUGCUCGAUCACGCUGUGAAUCAGGAGGCUUCAUAUCUAAAUUGAUUCAGCACACAAAGGCUCUUAUGAAUUCAGAUGAGAAGCUCUGUAUCAAAGUGCUCAGAACUCUACAGGAAAUGCUCAUUCGUGAACUGGACUUUGAUGAGAAGGGCUUUGCCUUAAGAAAGGUAUUGCUCCAAAACUACCUCUAUACCAACAUAAAGAACAUCAAAGCAGAGCUUAUUGAACAUGGAGGAGGUGGAGAAGGAGAGAAAGACUGGCUGGCAGUUACAGCAUUACAAUGUCGUCUGGACAAAGAAGGUGGCACCAAACUCUUCAUAGACCUCAUAACCAGCUCUAAGAAUGAGAAGAUCUUUCAGGAGAGCAUUCAGCUCGCCAUCUGUCUGCUGGAAGGUGGCAACACUGAGAUCCAGAACUCCUUCUACAAACUCAUGAUGGGAGACAACAAGUCGGAGAAGUUUUUUAAAGUACUGAAUGACCGCAUGAAGAACGCACAGCUGGACAUCAAAUCCACCAUCUCCGUCAACGUGGGAGAAAUGAGCAAUAAAGCCAAAGAUGACAAAGAUAUGGAGACGGGGCCUUCCUUUGGCCAACCUGAGCAGCCACCUCAACCUGAGCAGCAGGAAGUAGAUACAGAAAUGGGCCCCUCUGUCACCAUUAUGAAACCUAUUUUGCGCUUCUUACAGCUGCUCUGUGAGAACCACAAAAUUAAGUUUAUAAACUGCUCUGUGAGAACCACAAUCAGGAUCUUCAGGUCUGAACAACCCCAGAUUAACAAUCCGCUUAGCACACUGCUUAAACCACAAAAGAAAACAAUAGAGGAAGGAGAGGAAAGCAUCUCUUCUAUGCUCACCUUAAACAAACAACAGGAGGAACAACAGGAGGAUCCAUUAGAGUACUAUGACCGUCAAACAGCUCAGAUUGAGAUUGUGCGGGAGGACCGUAGCAUGGAGCAGAUAGUGUUUCCUGUUCACCCCAUCUGUGAGUUCCUGACGGAAGAUUCAAAGGUCCGUGUGUUUACCACCACAGAGCAGGACGAGCAGGGCAGCAAGGUCACACAAUUUUUCGAACAGACCUCUUUCCUGCACAAUGAAAUGGAAUGGCAGAAAAAACUUCGAAGCAUGCCAGUGCUGUAUUGGUUCUCUCGUCGAAUGUCUCUCUGGGGCACCAUAUCAUUCAAUCUGGCUGUGUUUGUCAAUCUUAUCAUCGCUUUGUUCUACCCACAUGACUCUGGUCAUUCUGGUAGCAUAGACACUUCGUUGCUGCUUAUGCUGUUCUGGUGCUUCGCUGGACUGGCUGUUUUGGGCCUGUUAUCCAAGCGCUAUGGGUUCCAGUCCCUCACUGUCGCCAUCACCCUGCGCUGCAUCUAUCACUUUGGCAUCGGGCCAACUCUCAUCCUGCUUGGGGCUCUCAAUCUGAUCAAUAAGAUAGUGUUUGUGGUGAGCUUUGUGGGAAACAACGGCACCUUUAUCAUGGGCUAUAAAGCCAUGGUAAUGGAUGUGGAGUUCCUGUACCACCUGGCCUAUGUGUUAACCAGCACGCUGGGGCUUUUUGUCCACGAGCUCUUCUACAGCAUAUUGCUGUUUGAUCUGAUCUACCGCGAGGAGACGCUCUUUAAUGUCAUCAAGAGUGUGACACGUAAUGGCCGCUCUAUUCUCCUCACUGCUGUCUUGGCCAUCAUCCUUGUCUACCUGUUCUCCAUCGUGGGCUUUCUCUUCCUCAGGAAUGACUUCAUCAUGGAAGUGGACCGUCUUGCUAUCCCAGAUACAGCAGGUAUAGAUAACUCUAUGAGCAGCUGCAGUGCUGAUGGAGUGGAGUGCACAGAGGAAACUGGGUUGGUUGCAUCAUCAGAAGAAGAAGAGGACAACACAGAGAGAGCAUGUGACACUCUUCUAAUGUGUAUCGUUACGGUGCUGAAUCAUGGGCUGAGGAACGGAGGAGGUGUGGGAGAUGUCCUGCGCAAACCCUCUAAGAAUGAGCCUUUGUUCCCUGCUCGUGUGGUGUACGACCUUCUCUUCUACUUCAUUGUCAUCAUCAUUGUUCUCAACUUGAUUUUUGGUGUGAUUAUUGACACCUUUGCUGACCUGCGUAGUGAAAAACAAAAGAAAGAGGAGAUACUGAAGACCACCUGUUUCAUUUGUGGUCUCGAGAGGGACAAGUUUGAUAAUAAGACUGUAUCAUUCGAGGAACACAUUAAAUUUGAGCAUAACAUCUGGCACUACCUCUGUUUCAUUGUGCUGGUACGGGAGAAAAACAAGACAGAUUACACUGGCCCAGAGAGCUACGUGGCCCUUAUGAUAAAGAAUAAGAACCUGGAUUGGUUCCCACGCAUGCAGGCCAUGUCUCUGGUUGUAACUGAGGGAGAUGGAGAACAGAAUGAGAUGAGGAACCUGCAGGAUCGUCUCACCUCCACCAUGAAAGUGGUCACACAACUAACAAGCCAGUUAACAGAGCUGAAAGAGCAGAUGACCGAGCAGAGGAAGAGAAGGCAGAGGAUGGGUUUUGUGGAUGUUCAGUCUGGCUCAAACCCUGGGAUGCCUAUGCCUCCUAGUGCUGCUGGAGGAAAUCUUCAAGUCAUCAAGACCUAAUUUCUCCAGCUAACCUUGCAUUGACUUUAUAGAAGCAAUAAUGUAAUCCUGUGAUGCUAGUGUACUUCCCACUGUGGAAAAGUUACAUUCAACGGAUAGACGGAUUGGAUCUACACUCCCACAAAAGCACUACUGACUAAAUAGUCAUUCUUGAGGGGCCUUUGAUUACCUGAAUGGUUUUAGUAUGCACAAAUUUUAUAUAUUUAAAGUAUGUAAUUGUUUUGUUUUUAUUUUUCUAAGCAGUCUUGUUUGAUGUAUGGAUAAACGUAGCAUUACUGUAAGUAAAGCCGAUGCGUUUUAGAUUAGUAAUUGUAGAUCAAUACAGUCGGAUGGUUUGUUUUAAUGUGCACUGAUGAGUUUGUACAUGCUGUAUUUAUAGGGAUAGUCAUGAUGCACUGGCUUGAUAUGAUUUGGGAAACAUGAAGGGGAAUAUCAUGACCAUUCUUAUGAUGAACUAGAAGAUGCUAACAUGUCACUAGAGUCGAAUCUGGGUAGUAUAAAUGGCAUAAUAUAUAGAAGUGUGUUUAAAGUUCAUACAGCUUUAAUUUAAAAGUCAAAGUGCCUAAAAAUACAUCAAAAGAACAUAACUUUUGCUCAGGAAACUAACAUGUUCCUUAUUUAUCUUAUCAUAAAAAUAAGUGAGGACAUGCUGAUCGUGGUUUUAAUAGACAUAGAUCUAUGAAUGUGUCUAUUUAAUUAUUUAUUGUGCGACCAGGACUAAGUCAGUUGCAUUUUUAUGGCCACAAAAAGAAUGCUGGAACAUACAUAUAUUUUGGCUUCGUUAAUAACAGCCAGUGUGUAAUUAAUCAUAUUGACAUCAAAUAAUCAUCAAUUUAUUGCUAAUAUGUUUAUAUGAAGUGCCUCACCAACUUUACACAAAAUACAGAAUAAAACAUUUGGUUAUUUGACGUCUUGUAUCAUUUAACAUUAACAGACUAAGAGAAUCGAA